AUGGCAGAAACACAACCAAUCACCAUCGAAAAUGCCCGCAGCACGCUUAAAGUAAUUUUCUCCGAGGCGACGACACCCGAGGAGCGAGUCCGGUCCGCCAAACUCGCUUCUACGGCCUUCGGGAAGUCACUCACCCCGGAAGGCUACUUAGGGCGAGACGAAUAUCUCGCAAGUCAGCCUCUCGCACGAGGCACCGGAUGGCGGUGGUGGUGUCUCACAUUGGCCGAUAAUCCCGAACAAGUAUUGGCCAUGUGCAAGACGAUGCAUAGGGAUCUACUAAUCCGAGACAGUUCCGCUACGCGCCAGGAACAGGGCUACUGCAUCUGUAGCGUCGUUACCGAUUCGACUUACCGUGGACGCGGUCUCGCCUCUGUCUUAUUGAAAAAGGUGGCCGAAUGGUUAGAUGGGCCAGGAAAUGCAACGGCUAGUAUACUAUACUCGGAUGUGGGAGAUUUCUACGUUAGCAAAGGUUGGGAUAUUCUAGAUUCUUUCGAAUCUAUCCUGACAGUUCCCCCAUCUGUUCUGCAUAAAGGACAAGCCCAGUUCCCAGAGACGCGCCCAUUAACUACAGAUGAUAUUCCCCGCCUUUGUGAGCGGGAUGUAGAAUGUCUGAAAGAUGACUUCCAGAAAUAUGAUCUCCCGAAAGACAGUGUGCUUGUGACCAUCUUACCUACCACGAACAUGAUCACCUGGCUACAGGCCCGAAUAGCAUACAUGAACAACCAGUCGAACGGCAAGACCCCAGAAGUAAAAGGCAGUAUCUGUGAGAGCGCAGACUCGUGGAUAUACUGGUACUCUGAUCUUCUUCACCGAAAAAUGACAAUCCAGCGCGUCAAACUGCCCCGUGACCAAGACCAAGCAACCUCGACACGGGCAAUCGCCCGACUCCUCCUCGACGCUAUUGAAGAGGCUGCUAAAUGGGAGCUGCUAGAAGUAGAUCUUUGGAACCCUAGCCCGGAGCUUCACAAUGCGACGAAGCUCCUCAACUCGGAAUUAGGAAUUAAGGUGACGAACCAAAAACGUGAAAGCGAGCACAUACCGUGUUUGAGAUGGCGAGGCGGUGAAAAGCGGUCAAUUAUUUUCUCGCCUAAUGAGUUCUAUCCAUGGAGUUAG